CUGUUAGAUUGCUAUCAGAGUAUUGUUGCAAAAUAGAGUUGUUUAGGAUGAAGAUGUUUUUGAAGCUUUCUGUUGCAACUCUGUUUGUUUUGCUCUCAGUUCAAUUUGAUGUAUCUUUGGCAAAUAAGGAGAAGAGGACGGGGAAUCAGAAAAGCACUUACAUUGUCCAUGUGAACAAAUCUGAAAUGCCCACAAUCUUCGAUCACCAUGCAAUUUGGUACAACUCAAUUUUGACUUCAAUAAAUAACUCACAAGAAAUGCUCUACACCUACGAGAAGGUGAUCCAUGGAUUCUCAGCUAAAUUAACUCAUGAAGAAGUUCAGUCACUGAGAAGUCGAUCAGACGUUGUGCAGGUGAUGCCAGAGCAAAUGUAUAAACCAUUAACAACUCGAACACCACAUUUCCUUGGAAUUGACAAAAUCGAUGAGAUGGUCCCCGGGUUGAAUGGAGGAAGUGACGUCAUUAUAGGAUUCCUCGACACUGGUAUCUGGCCUGAAAGCAAGAGCUUUGAUGAUGCGGGACUAGGACCCAUCCCUAGCAAAUGGAAAGGAAUAUGUGAAAGAAGUGCUGAUUUUAAUGCCUCAAAAUGCAACAGAAAGUUGAUAGGAGCUAGAUUCUAUUCAAAAGGGUACGAGGCCACGAUUGGUCCCAUUAAGGGAACCAAAUCACCGCGAGACACCGAGGGCCACGGCAGCCACACUGCAAGCACAGCCGCAGGGUCUGUAGUGGAAGGUGCAAACGUGUUCGGGUACGCUGCCGGUAAAGCGCGUGGAAUGGCCUUCCGUUCUAGAAUCGCCGUGUACAAGGUUUGCUGGGAAAGGGGUUGUGCUGUUUCUGAUAUAUUGGCUGCAAUGGAUGCAGUCAUCUCAGACCACGUCGACAUUCUUUCGAUAUCACUUGGAGGUGACAGUGACACAAGCAAUUACGAUACAGAUGGCAUUGCAAUUGGAUCCUUUGCGGUAUUAGAACAUGGGACUGUGGUUGUUUGUUCGGCAGGAAAUGAAGGUCCUGCUCCCUCUUCUAUCAACUCCAACAUAGCACCUUGGUUGAUCACCGUGGGAGCUGGCACACUCGAUCGUGAUUUUCCAGCUUACGUUGCCCUUGGGAAUGGACACAGGUAUUCUGUUCAGUCAAUUUACAGUGGCAAGUCUUUGCCGGAUACCCCCAUUCCAUUCAUACACGCAAGGAAUGCAAGCAGAAAAGAAGGUGCGAAUUUGAAUUUGUGUUUAACGCAUAGCCUAGAUCCAAAAAGGGUUAGAGGGAAAAUUGUGUAUUGUGAAUAUGGAAAUACUUCUACAAUAGAGAAAGAGUUAGUGGUGAAAUCUGCGGGCGGUGUAGGCAUGGUGUUGGGGACCGUAGAAGGUGAUCCAGAGGAAGAACUGUUAGAACCCCAUUUUUUGCCAACAGCCAUUGUUGAUGAUAAAGCUAAAAACAGCAUCCAAGAGUAUCUGUCAUCGGAGCCUAAGCCGGUGGCUACGAUUGUGUCUGAGGGAACGAAGGUUGGAGUUAAGCCCUCGCCCAUUGUUGCAGAGUUUAGCUCUCGAGGUCCAAAUCUGAUUAGAUCAGAGGUAUUGAAACCUGACAUAAUCGCACCAGGUGUGAACAUUUUAGCUGCAUGGUCAAGAAUUAAAGGCCCCACUGGAUUGGAUGAAGAUGACAGAUAUGUGGACUUCAACAUCAUCUCAGGCACAUCCAUGGCAUGCCCUCACGUGAGUGGGAUAGUAGCUUUGAUAAAGUCAGCUCAUCCAAAUUGGAGCCCAGCUGCAAUUCGAUCUGCACUCAUGACCACAGCUUAUUCCACUUACACCAAUGGUAAAAAAUUGGUAGAUGAGGGCACAAACAAAUCCUCCACACCGUUUGACGUUGGUGCCGGUCAUGUCAACCCUGUUGCUGCGCUUAAUCCAGGACUUGUCUAUGAUUUGAAGAUGAGUGAUUAUCUGGACUUCCUCUGUGCUAUCAAAUAUUCAAGCAGAAGGAUAGAGACUGUGGUGAAAAGGAAGUUUCACUGCAAGGCACACAAUCACUACAGUGCAACCCAUCUAAAUUACCCUUCAUUCAGUGUGGUUUUUAAUCAAACAAGUGGUAGGAAAGGAGCAAGAGUUGUUAAACACAAGCGAACUCUUACAAAUGUGGGGCCUGCAGGAACAUAUAAAGUUUCAGUUACAUCAGAGAUUCCAUCUGUGAAAAUCAGAGUGGAACCAAAGUUGUUGAGCUUCCAUGAACAUGAGAAAAAGUCAUAUACAGUUACGUUUGCAACAUCAGGUCCAGCACCAUCAAGAGGUUUUGGUUUUGCACACUUAGAAUGGUCAAAUGGAAAAAAUGUAGUUCGAAGUCCUAUCUCCAUAUUGUUUCACUCCAAGCAUCACACAGAAGUCCAAGAACCUUCAUUAAACUCUCUUCACCAACUCUGGUGAUAACGUAUUAUCUCUGCAUUCGCCAGAGUUAAUAACUGUUAUACAAUAAAUUCAAAGUACCAAUAUAUUGCAUUUAUGUAAAAUAUAUCUAUAAAUAUA